AUUUAUACAUGGAACUGGAGGCCUGACCUACCUUGCACACAAGCCUUUUUCACUCCCUGCAUUGGCCCACUCUUACACUGACUCUGCAGGAGAAGCAAUGGCUUUGGGCAGCAAUAAUGUGCUUCCAACCACCUUUAUAAAUAAAACAAGAGUUUAUGUUCUAAAUCCCACACUUUGGAGAGCCCAAGGAUUUAGAUGGGAUGGCCAAGGAAAGCUCUUAGUCAAAGAGAUGACACAGGACACCCUCUAUGUCAGUUUGAAACUCUGCACGUAGAUCACAAUCUGUGAAGACACAUUUGAAUCAACUUUUGAUGUAAUCUUUCAAGAAAGAAAAAAACCCAAAUUAUCACUGGCAAGAAAAAAAAAAAAAUAUACUGUGGGGGAGCCACUGACGCAGGACUCCAGAGCGCUUAAAUGCAGCCUGGCUGGCCCCAUCACAGCACUCCAGGCAGGCAGAAGCUCCAGAACCAGCUCCAAGGCCAGCUCCCAGCCAAGCCACUGCUGUCCCAUCCCACCAUGGAAUGCAGAGCAGAGAUCAACAAGUUUGCAAUCUUCCUCUUCUGUUUAUUGGUUCCUUUGGGGUCCAUGGCACCGACACAGACAUCAGAAAGCAGAAUGACUACAGGACAGAGGCAGAAUCAUUUCACUACAGAGAUACCAACCUAUGCAUCAGUAAUACAACAGAAAGCACAUGAGUUGUUUGAAUUCUACCACAAGUGUAUCUCUCCAACAUUGCGCUCUGAGUUCGGGACAGUGAUUACGCCCGAGCCCAGCGACAUGACAGAAACAAUACCCACGUGCCCAGCUUUCCAGGCAAACUGCUGUGCUUUGCACCACAUCCACAACGCUCUGAAAACCCUGAGAGGUGACAUAGAAACCUUCUGCAACAAGAGCUCCAAAGGCGUGGUCCAGGCCAACCUCAACCAGCUGGGCACCACGCUGAGGCAAGGCACUGCCUUCUACACCUGCAGCCCUCCCCAGGUGGAGCCCCGGGGCCACUCCAGGAGCCAUGCAGAGACAAAAAACUACAUCUGGUGGGUUUUAAAGAAAUAUGAGGACAUCAUGAAGCUUACAGGAAAGCUGUACUCUGAAGCAGCAGUUUGA